AUGGAACAUACAGAGAAAUCCAAGCUGCAUGAUGAGAAAGGACUCUUAGGAAAGAUAAGGCGUUACCUCUCAAAGAGGCCACUGCCAUCUCCAACCGACCGGAAGAAGUUUGAUCAUGAGUUUGCCAUCUCCACUUCCUUUCAUGGGAUACAUAACAUUGCCCAGAACAAAAGCAAGGUUCGAAAGGUGAUCUGGCUGUCUGUGGUGCUGGGCUCUGUCUCACUCUUGGUGUGGCAAAUCUACAGUCGCUUGGUCAAUUAUUUUGCAUGGCCAACUACAACAUCUAUAGAGGUUCAGUAUGUGGAAAAAAUUGAGUUCCCAGCUGUGACAUUCUGUAACUUGAACAGAUUCAAAACCGAGGCUGCAUCUAAAUUCAGCAUCAUUUUCUUCUUAUGGGAUGUAGUUUCCAAAGUCCUCCGCCUUCAGGAAAUUAGUGCCAACAACACUGACUCUCUAGAGACUUUAGAUUUUGUUACAAGUCAUCAAAACUUCAGCAUUACAGAAUUUGUCAAGAAAAAUGGUUUUUAUCUCAAUCAGGACACUUUGUUGCACUGUAAAUUUUUUGGAAAACCAUGUGGUCCAAAGGAUUUCAAACACGUUUUUACUGAAUAUGGAAAUUGCUUUACUUUUAACCAUGGUGAGAAUAUCCAAAGCAAGAAUAAAGUGAGUUUGUCUGGAAGAGGCUUAAAGCUGCUCUUCGAUGUCCAUCAGGAGGAAUUUACUGAUAAUCCCAUACCUGGUUUUGCUGAUGCUGGGAUCAUCUUUGUUAUUCACUCCCCAAAGAAGGAGCCACAGUUUGAUGGCUUAGGUUUGUCUUCUCCUGUGGGGAUGCAUGCACGGGUGACCAUCCGCCAACUAAAGACAGUCCACCAGGAAUACCCGUGGGGAGAGUGCAACCCUGACAUCAAGUUGAGGAACUUUAACACCUAUAACACUUACAGUUGUUUGAAGGAGUGCAAAGCCCAGCAUAUACAGAGGCUGUGUGGAUGCUUGCCCUUUCUGCUUCCAGGAAACGGUGUCGAGUGUGAUCUACUAAAACACUACAACUGUGUGUCUCCUAUCCUUGACCACAUUGAGAUUAAGGGACUGUGCACAAUGGGAACACACAACUCCAGCUGCCCUGUGUCAUGUGAGGAAACAGAGUACCCUGCUACUGUUUCUUAUUCUACUUUCCCAAGUCAAAAAGCAUUAAAAUUUCUUGCUAAAAAAAUGAACCAAAGCCAAGAAUAUCUCAGGGAGAAUCUUGUGAACAUUGAAAUAAACUAUAGUGACUUAAACUAUAAGAUAACACAGCAACAGAAGGCAGUGAGUGUACCUGAGUUACUCGCCGAUGUUGGUGGUCAGCUGGGCCUAUUUUGUGGAGCUAGUCUGAUUACAAUUAUAGAAAUUUUUGAAUAUGUAUUGACAAAUUUCUACUGGAUAUUCAUUUUCUUUUUGCUGAAAAUACUUGAAAUGGUCCAGAGGACUCCUCCACCUCAGGCAGUAUAG